AUGGCCACCUUAACCUUCCUCUUAGUUUCUUCAAUCCUCUUAACCUUUGUUAAUGCAUAUUCAACAUACAACACAACCCAAAUUUUCUCAAACUAUAUCCACAACCCUCCCAAGAAUAAACCAUUCCUCAACACCAUAGACUCUUGCCGCCGAGCCCAAACAAACUGGGCCUCCAAUCCACACGCCUUGGCCGAUUGCGCUAUUGGUUUCGGCCAAGGCGCCAUUGGAGGCAAACAUGGCAACUUAUACAUUGUAACCGAUCCUUCAGAUGAUGCUGUGAAUCCAGCAAAAGGCACGCUUCGUUAUGGUGCAAUUCAAAUGGAGCCACUAUGGAUAAUGUUCGAGAAAGACAUGGUUAUUAGGCUUGAGAAUGAGCUCAUAGUGAAUAGCUACAAGACCAUUGAUGGAAGAGGAGCCAAAGUUGAGAUAUCAAACGGGCCAUGCAUUACAAUACAAGGUGUUAGCAACGUGAUUAUUCAUGGCAUUAGCAUCCAUGAUUGUCAACCGGGUACGGUUGGCCUCGUCAGAAGUAGCCCUGACCAUGUUGGCCACCGUCGAGGCUCCGACGGCGACGCCAUCAGCAUAUUUUCAUCAUCCAAUAUUUGGGUUGAUCAUUGCUUCUUCGCACGUUCUGCUGAUGGCUUAAUUGAUAUUAUUCAUGCUUCAACUUCCAUUACCAUUUCUAACAAUUAUUUCACCCAGCAUGACAAAGUUAUGCUAUUAGGACACAAUGAUGAAUACACGGCAGAUAAAAUAAUGAAAGUAACAAUAGCCUUCAACCGGUUUGCUAGUGGCCUAACUGAAAGAAUGCCAAGGGUAAGAUUUGGUUACGCCCAUGUGGUCAACAACCAAUAUGAUGAGUGGAAAAUGUAUGCUAUAGGAGGGAGUUCUAAUCCAACCAUUUUAAGCGAAGGGAACGUUUAUAUAGCACCAAAUAACGAUAACGCAAAACAGAUUACAAAGAGAGAAGCGAAGCAAAACUGGAAGAACUGGAAAUGGAGAUCUUCCAAGGAUGUAUUCGUGAAUGGUGCAUAUUUUGUACCAUCUGGAUAUGGGAAUUGUGCCCCAAAUUAUUCAAAUACUCAAUCUUUUAGUGCUGUCCGAGCGUACAUGGUGCCAACAAUAACUCUCAAUGCAGGUCCCUUAAGUUGUGUUGUUGGCCGAGCAUGUUAA